GAAACGACGUUGGCGUCGUUUCCAAGGGGAACAACAGAGUGACAGGCAGAAGGAGGAGAAGAUGGUCACACGCCACUUCCGUUGUGGGAGGAGGGGGAGAGGAGAUUGUGGGUUCUAGGAGGGACUAGUAAGUGGCUGGCAAUGAGCGGCACAGCUUUAAAUCAAGGGCAGGGACAGGCUUAUCGCCAGGGUUCGUAAGGGUUUGUUUAGGGAAGUGCUGAGCUCACCCAGUGUCUGUCCUGCCUACAGGCAAAGUGCCACUAGUGGGUCCCGUCCUGCCUACAGGCAAAGUGCCACUAGUGGGUCCCGUCCUGCCACUCACUUCCCGUGUAACCGAGCUGUACGGCUAAGAGAUGGCGGUGCAGGAGUCUUUGGGAGUCUAUAAAGAAAUUGGUCUGACUUAUGCAUCUCAGUUCAGAAAUCUUACUCUGACUAACGUGUUUCGAUUAAGAAACCUUAUAAAUGAGAAAUGUAAAGACACUGAACCAUGGCAUCUUAUUGCUUUAACCGUUGGAUGUACUCUGAUGUCGAUAUCGUUUUACCGAAUCCUUUUCCAGUCUGAAAGUCUCUUUUCCAGAUGUAAAAAACUGUUUUUUAGAAUAGUUAGAAGGUUGCCAAUCGUUGGUACACAGAUACAAAGUAAGCUGGAUAAAGCUCUAAAUGAAAUGUCAGAGAGAAUGGUGCUGAAGAAUGGCUUGAGCUAUGUUCAUGCAUUGCCUCAAACUGGGCUAAAGCAAGAACAAGUUAUGGAAAAGCUAAAGAAGGAGUAUGCAUCAAUUGGAAAUGUUUCUUGGGAAACUGGAAAGGUCUCUGGAACAGUUUAUAGUGGGGAUGAAAGACUGACACAGCUUCUUGUAAAGGUUUAUGGAGAAUUUGCAUGGACCAAUCCUUUGCAUUCUGACAUUUUUCCUGGUGUUCGCAAAAUGGAAGCAGAAGUGGUGAGGAUGACUUGCACACUCUUCACUGGCGGUCCAGAUGCUUGUGGAACAGUGACUUCAGGUGGAACAGAAAGCAUUCUGAUGGCUUGUAAAGCGUACCGAGAUUUGGCUUAUGAGAAGGGAAUUAAGCACCCAGAAAUUGUGGCUCCUGUCAGUGCCCAUGCAGCUUUUGAAAAGGCUGCUCAUUAUUUUGGAAUGAAGAUUGUGCAUAUUCCACUAAACAAAGCAACAAUGCAAGUGGAUGUUAAGGCAAUGAAAAGGGCAAUUUCUAAAAAUACAGCCAUGCUCGUAUGUUCAGCUCCUCAGUUUCCUCAUGGUGUUAUUGACCCAAUAGAAGAAGUUGCUGAGCUUGCUUUGAAAUAUCAACUUCCAUUUCAUGUGGAUGCAUGUCUAGGUGGUUUUCUCAUUGUGUUUAUGAAGAAAGCUGGUUUCCCAUUAAAGCCUUUUGACUUCAGAGUAAAAGGAGUCACUAGCAUCUCUGCGGACACUCACAAGUAUGGUUACGCACCAAAAGGUUCUUCAGUUAUCAUGUACAGUGACAAAAAAUAUCGGCAUUACCAGUUCUUUGUUGCUCCGGAUUGGCAAGGGGGCAUAUAUGCAUCACCUGCUAUAGCCGGUUCCCGCCCUGGAGGAAUAAUCGCUGCAUGCUGGGCCACAAUGAUGCACAUAGGAGAAGAUGGCUAUAUAGAGGCUACAAAAAAGAUCAUCAAAGCAGCACGGUUCAUCGAAACAGAGUUGCGGAAAAUUAAAGAAAUCUUUAUUUUUGGGAAGCCUGAGGUUUCUGUCAUUGCCCUCGGGUCAAAUAAAUUUGACAUUUUCAGACUGUCGAAUUCAUUGACUGCAAAGGGUUGGAACCUGAACACUCUCCAGUUUCCAUCCAGUAUUCAUAUAUGCCUUACACUAUUGCAUACGAAAUCUGGAGUUGCACAACAGUUUGUAAAAGACGUCAAAGAAUCGGUUGAAGUUAUCAUGCAAGACCCAGGAGCCAAAACAACUGGACUGGGUGCAAUUUAUGGUAUGGCCCAAACUAUUCCUGACCGGUCCAUGGUGACAGAAAUCUCUCAAGCUUUCCUGGACUGCUUGUACAGCACAGAAAACCGAUGCAGUGCCAAACACAUAAAUGGUUCAGCAGAAUAAUAAUUAAUGUAAUUAUUUAAGUUGGGGUGGUACUAUCAAAAAGCUCCACUACGGCACAGGACUCAUAGGUUGUUCCAUUUCUGUGGGGCUAAUUAAGGCAUACAUCUUAGAGUUAAACAGGUUGUUUGUCCCAUAAUCAGGUACUUCUGUCCUAGACACCUUAUCAUUUUCUUGUAACGGUUUUAUCUUUGCACCCUAGAACCUCAAUCUUGAAAUUAAUUUGAAUGGUUAUAAAUUACAGAUUCUAUAGAUGUUCUGCUACUUUUGUUUUCUUUGCUGCUAUUUCCACUAUUAUGAAGAGUCGCAUUAUGGUUUAAGUAAGAGAAAGGGAAGACUGUUUAGUAAAUAGUGGCACAACUUCAGGGAUCUGCGGUUGUUAUACUUGUUUGUCUUUAACACUCAGAGAAUUAAAUAUUUUUUACCUUUUUUUUUUUUUUUUUAGUAUAGAUACCAAAUCAAGCAAAAUAAACUACACUUUUAUAGCAUUAUGUUGUACCCAGUUAUACCUUUGUGCUUAAAAAAUGCAGUGUUUGGUUCAUGCCACAUUGAAUUUAGCAGGUACUGCCAUUACAUGUCUUGUUCUCUCUGCUGUAAACAUUCUUAUACAAAUUAAACAAAAAUUAUGCUAAA